UGAUACAGGACCUUUGACUUCACAAGCACUCCGUUUUGCAGGCUGGAUCUUUGUGCAGGUUUCUAGAUUCCUGCGGCUCACAUCAUUAAAAUGUUGUGGCUUCUGUCAAUGGUUUUGGCACUCAUCGCAGUGGUGGACACCUGUCCGUUACCCUGCAAAUGUGAAGAUCAUGACAUCGUAAUUUGUUCGGACCAGAGACUUCUGGAGCUCCCUCAUCUGCCUCAAAAUACCAAGCAAUUAUAUGCUAAACACAAUAUGAUUCAAGCUCUCCCAGAUGAAGGAUUGGAAGGAUUGUCGAUUCUCGAUCUCACCAAGAAUGUCUUCAAAUUGUCACUCAAUACCACCUGGCAGAACAUUAGCAAUCUUACGAAGCUAUUUCUGAGUGGAAAUAGACUGAGCACAUUAAAACCAAGACAGUUUCAGGGGCUGCUGAACCUCAAAAUAUUAGACCUCAGUGACAACUACAUUGAAACACUUCCUCCGAAGUUCCUUUAUGGUCUGACCAAGCUUCAGAUCCUUAAUCUGAAUAUGAACAAGAUAUUAAGUUUAUCCUAUGGCGUCCUGGAUGGAGCUCCCGCCCUUAAGGACCUCCAACUCAGAAAUAACAUGAUCGAGAUAGUCGAGGUAGGUGUGUUUGAGAACUGCACUAAUCUACAACAGAUUUAUCUGUCAAUUAACAACCUAAAAAGUGUAGUUAAUGGGAGUUUUAAGGGUGCCAAAGGGCUAACUCACCUUGAUCUGAGUCGAAAUGGAAUAGUUGCCGUACCUACCGGUGUCCUUCAGGACACUCAGAACCUCACUAGCCUUUAUCUUCAAAAAAAUAACAUAAUUUCAAUCCCUGAGGACAUUUUCUCUGAGAUCCCCAUGCUGAAGCAUUUGGAUUUGAGUCAUAAUGCUCUUGUUUCCAUGUCCAACGGUUCGCUCAGAGGUCUUUCCCAGCUGGGCGCACUAGACCUGAGUUUCAAUCAGUUGCGGAUGCUAACAUCACAUGUGUUUCAGGAAUUGGGAAAGCUUGAGAGCCUUAAUUUGUAUCACAACAAUCUGAUGUUGCUUCCAAAAGGCUUGUUCAAUAACUUAAAGAGGGUAACAGAACUUCAGCUGGACAACAAUAAUAUUUCUGUAAUUCCACCGGACCUCUUUCACCCACUUUCUUCUUUGCAAGAUCUACAACUGGACAACAAUCACAUUUCGGAGCUCCAUUCACAGACAUUUAUGAAGCUGAGGAAUCUUAAGCAUCUCGAUGUUUCCAACAAUGACCUUGUGAAGAUUCCCACGCACCUCUUCAAAAGGACACACCAUCUGAGAGAUCUUAACAUGGAGAACAAUCGUAUCAGUUCCAUUCCAAAACUGUCCUUGAAACACUUAGUCAAGCUACAGACUCUGAAACUCAGCAACAACAAACUGUCAAGACCCUCUGCAGAUCUACUGACUGGUCUUAGUCUUUUACGGGAGUUAUUACUCAAUGAAAACCAGAUAGAAACCAUCCCUAUUGGAUUUUUCACAGGUCUUACAAAACUGAAGUUUCUGGAUUUGUCCAACAAUAAAUUGCAUUCCAUCUCUUCUGAUGCCUUCAAAGAUCUGUCGGCAUUGAAAGAGCUGGAUCUGAGAUUCAAUGCUCUGGAUAAACUUCCAGAGGACAUCUUCACAUCUUUGAGAAAUCUCAAAAGGCUCUAUCUGGAAAACAACCAGCUCACACACUUGCCCACCAAAGUGUUUUCUGCUCUAUCCAGAUUGGAAGAGCUCCAUUUGGACAGAAACCAGAUCCAGCACAUUCAUCCAACACAGUUCGAAGGCUUAGUGAUGUUACGCGAACUUGACAUUACAUUUAAUCAACUGCGCUAUAUGGACAAAGGGACUCUGAUGCCUUUAGCAAAUCUAAGGGUUAUCCAUCUUAAUGAGAAUCCAUGGGAUUGCUCUUGUGUGUCCAUUCUUUAUAUAAGUCAAUGGUUUAACAAUAAUAGUCGCUUAGUAAAAACUACACCCAUGUGCUCUUCUGGUAAACAUCUUUCCUAUCCAGCUCUUUCCCCAUAUUCAUUAUCACAGCACUGUGCAAAUUCUGUAUGUGUCUCCUUUAACACAGAGAAAUCAGUGGUUUUCAUUGCUUUCACUCUAGGUUAUCUUUUACUUUGAGAUCUGGCUAUCUGUGCUGUGCUUAACUCUGAGAUCUGUGUGGUUAAAGUGUUGAGACAUGAAACCAUCACUUCUUGUCUACAAAUGAUUUAUGCUUUUGACUUCUGAAAUAUGAUUUAUCUGAGAUUUAAUGUUUUCUGUCAAAUAAACUGCUAUGCCAAAUA